AUGAUUGAGACGAAGACAGUUCUCGUCGUCACCGCCGCGUUUGGCGGGGCGUUCUUCGGCACCCUGGCCACGCAUGCGCUGGCCCCGGCGCCAGCGCUCAAGGCGUCGUUCGUCGCGGCUGAAAAGUCGGAGGCGCUUUUCAACGCAAUGACCGCAGCAAUUAAGGCGGACGGCGCUAAAAUGGUAGAGUUGGGCGGUGGUGUCUUUCAGUUCGUCGUCUCCGACGGCGGUCCAAAUGGCAAAUUUAUCCUCGACCUCAAGAACGGCAACGGAGCAGCAACGUACGGAGAAGACCCGCACGCAGAUUGCACGCUGACGAUGGCAGCUGCCGACUGGGUGGCCCUGGCAGAUGGCAGACUUAAAUUGAUGUCCGCCUUGAUGCACGGCAAGCUGAAGAUCAAGGGGAACCAGAUGUUGGCGCUUAAACUGGACGGACCGAUCCUGCAAGCGAUCCGACAGCAAAAAUGA